GUGUGUGUGUGUGUGUGUGUGUGUGUGUGUGUGUGUGUGUGUAGCUUUCUCCCUGUUCAGAUCUGAUGAAGACCAACGAGAUGAAGCUCAGAGGAAAGAGGACGAGAUGAUCCUGCUGCUGAAGAAGGCCAAGCUCAGCGUGUCUCGGGGGCAGCUGCAGGCGGCCUCUGGUCUCCUGCACCAGGCCCUGGUCUUGGCUCAUCAGACCCACAACCAGCCGGCCGUCCUCUACAGCUAUAGUCUGAUGGCGAACUUGGCCUACGUCCAGGGUCAGCUGGACCACGCAGAAAAACUCUUCAAAGCAGCGAUGAGCUUCAUGCUAUCAGGAGGAACGCCACAGGACAACAACGCUGUCAUUGAGAUGUCUCUGAAACUUGCCACCAUCUAUGCCGAACAGAACAAGGCGGAGCUUGCAGAGCACGGGUUCAGGUUCUGUUCGGAGUCUCUGGAGGCCAAACUGCAGAAACAUAAAGAAACCGCUGCAGAGGAUCAGACAGAGGAGCAAGAAGCUUUGAGGAAGGAGACGCGCCUUCUGCUCGGACUGUGUUUGGACUCGCGGGCUCGAUACCGAGCGGCAACGCUGCACCUGAAACAAGCGGAACAGGACUACCAGAACGCACUGGACAUCUGCUGCCAGGAGCAGGGAGACACCCACCCACAGACUCUGGUGCUGAUGAGCGACCUGGCCACCAUCCUGGAUUUGCAGGGUCGCCAUGAUGAGGCGCUGGCGCUGGUCCAGCAGGCCGUGGAUCUGAGCCGCUCCGCCGGACACCCGGACCAACACGUGCUGCUGGGAAACAUGGCCGGCAUCCUGCUGCACACAGGCCGGCUGGAGGACUCGGUGCGGUUCUACCUGGAGGCUCUGGGUCUGGCUCUGCAUGCCGGAGACCAGGAAGCUGUAAACCAGAUCCACGAGGGACUGCAGGAGGUGAAGAACAGGAGGAACCAAGAGAGGAAGGAGAACGAAGAGGCUGCACAAAAGUGAUUGAGUCUGUGUCGGGGGACAGAAUGUGUGACCCCUGUGACCUAUGUGACCUCUGUACAGUAGUUGACCUCCUUGAGGAUGAACCCUUCACAUCUGGUUUAUGUUUCAUACUUAGUUUGUGUGUCAAUAAAUAAAUCGAGUGUAAACAGGAA